AUGAGUAACCGUCGAGUAAAACUUCUAAUACCUAAAGAUCGUGGUGAAUUUAUCCCAUUAUUUUUUACAAUAUUUCUUAUUUGUGCGUAUGUUAUAUUUGAAUUAUAUGUUAUAUUACCAAUAAUUUAUCAUAAUAUAUUUACUUAUAAAGAAAUUUUACAUCUUAUAUUUGGUUUUUAUAUUAUUUUUAAUUUAAUUGGAAAUUUAUAUUUAUGUAUGAUUACAGAUACAUCAAUUAGUACAAUUAUUUGUCCUGUUUUAUUACCAUCACCAAUAGUAAUUUCAAAAUCAAAAGAAAAAAUUCAACAAGAUAUUAUUUAUUAUCAUUGUAAUUGGCAUUAUUGUCAUAAUUGUGAAAUAAAUGUUCCAGCACGAUCACAACAUUGUCAUUUAUGUAAAAUAUGUAUUUUAAAACAUGAUCAUCAUUGUACAUUUCUUGGACGAUGUAUUGGUUUUCGAAAUAUUCGUUAUUAUAUGUGUUUUCUCAUUUGGACUUGGAUUGGUUUAGUUUAUUGUAAUAUUCUUCAUAUGGAUUAUACUUAUGAACUUGUUGGAACUUUUUCAUGGCGUGUUAUAAUCGCUUGUCUAUGUCCAUUCGGUGCAUGGUUAUUUGGUCUUGUUGAUCAUUUUUCACUUAUACUUUCAUGUAUUUGUUCAACAUCAAUUAUGCUAAAUCUUUAUAUUUUAUUUUUAAUAAUUCAACAAAUUAUUCUUAUAAAAAAUAGUCAAACAUGGUAUGAAUAUAUUAAAAAUAUUCAUAUAUAUCAAAUUGGAAAAAAUUUUCAAUCAAAUUUACAACUUGUUUUUGGUAAACGAUGGUAUUUAAUAUUAUUUAAUCCUCUUAUAUCAUCACAACCGUAUGGUGAUGGUAUGUCAUAUGAUAUAAAUAUAAUGGAAACAAAUCCUAUUAGUACAAAACGUAUUUAG